UAUUACGAAAGAUGGCAUAGCAUAUUCUAACUUUUGAUGGACAGGGAGGACAUUCGCCGCCGAUGUCAGUGCUUGGAUACAAACAUUCGAUACAACGAUGGGAUAUCUCCCAGGAAGAAAAGACGGCGAAGUUCAGUUUCAUCUACCGAAAGCCGCUCGUCUAUAGCAAGCUCCUGGGCAUCCAUUGCGGGACAAGCGAUUAACAAAAUAGCAAAUAGAUUAAUACCCAAACGGCAGAAAAUAUCCCGUAAUAUAUCCAACAUUUCUUUCGAUGAUGCGUCUUCAGCGGCAUCCGUAAACUCUUCGUUCAGGCGUUUAUGGACUGAUGAUAGACCUACGUUAACCAGAAAUCGGAUCACUGCCAAGGAAUUCACACCAAGGCAUACAGAUGUCAAGGCUGUUAUAUCCGAAGCGGUAUCCGAUACCCUUCCUCCUUCGUAUGGCGAAUACCUGCCAAUAAACGAUGAUAAUAAGUCACAACUACCGUUGAAGGAUAUCACGCCAGAAAGGGAGCUCACACCACCUUUGAAUUUUCGACGGCCAACAGGAAGAUUUGAGUCGCCUGUAACUAUCAGGAAUACCCGGACGCCGACACAUUCACGGCUUAGAACCGAUGAGACUCUUCCAAUCACGAACAAUACAAAGGACAACAGCCUUCGAAUUUGGAGGAAAAGUAGCUAUACGAAUAUCAAAGGCAAGGAAGCAGUCAUUAAUGAACCAGUAAAUGAAGCAGGCGAUAACCAUUAUGCAUCAAGCCACGCUUUAUUUGGCUCAGAAGCGAGAGUCACAGUAAAUUGGCGGGAGGAUCCGUCCGCUACUCCAAAGCGAGGUCGCGUUCGGCAACUCUUAAGUCAAAUCGAAAAUGGCAUCCCAUUAGAUGAGACAUUAAACAAGGAGAAAAUCCCCUUUUACUCUAGUAUAAAUACAUCACCCUCUCCAUAGCUUCACACACUUUUAAAUACAAUGAAAUGGGGGGAUUUGAACCUUGGAGCAGUCACAAUUUCCUUGUGGGCAGAGGGACACAGCAACCUUCAGAAAAAA